GUCGUAUAGGUUAUAGUGGCCUAUCCACAGCGCAUGCGCAGAGUUUAAAAAGAAGCCGAUAAAACCGUUGUUGCUGCUAAACGUAGUACUUCCUCAUCUGCUUUCAAUAAAAAUGAACUCAAAUCGCGUUCCCAAUGCAAGGGGACGACGUUCUACAAGCACGGAAUCACGAUGUUCAAUUCCAGUGCUGAAGCGAAGUAGCAGCGCAUUAUCCACUACGCCGAGAAUUUCACGGCAAUUGAUUCGAGGCAAAUCAGGUCUAACUACACCAUUGGGAAGUGUAGGACGAUUGUCAAAGUUAUCUACACCAUUGGCUCGCGUGGUAUGUAAAUCACCACAGCGAUUGAAAUUGCAGUUCACGAAUGUGAAUGAGAAAGAAUAUGUACCCAGGAUUGAAGCAUUUAUAGCAGAACAAGGUGCUGAAUUUGAAGUACAAAAACCAAUGAAAUUGAAUGAUUUUAUUGGUAUUACACAAUUAUAUUUCAAUGUAUUAUGCAAAUGUAGUCCAGAGCUAACUCUGAAAAACUACAAGGUUGAAAUGCCCAAAAUAAUGAAGACACUCAACUAUCCCAUCACUAUAAAUCAAUCUUUUCUUAAAACACCAAACACUCCUCAACAUUUUCAAAAUGUUAUUUCUAUUUGGGCGUUUUUAAUGGACUGGGUAGAUGUAAUCACUGAAGAACCUGAGCCUCUGGAUAUGAUUUCAAGCAUGGCAUUUGAUUAUGUUAAGAAAACAAUGGAUGACAAUGGGCCGCAAGUAUGUGUUGAGUUAAUUGAAUCAAUGUAUUCUUCUUAUGGCUUGACAGAACAGGAUUAUGAUAAUAGAAUGGAACAGAUUGCUAAUGAAAAGAAAGCUCUACUUGCACAAAAAGCUAUGAUAAGUAAAGAUAUCGAAACGGCACAGACUGCACUAGAAUGUAAACGACAAAAACGCAACCAACUAACACAGAAACACGCCGAAACGGUCGAAAAGAUCAAUGAGGUGAACAAAGCGAUCAAAACAUCGGAUGAACAACAUAUUUAUAACAAAAAGCGAUUGGAGCGAAUGCAAACUGAUAAACAAAUUUCAAUUUCGAAGCUGGAAGUCAUCAAAGAGAAAAAUAACUUGAUUGGUCAUACUCCCGAAGAAGUCGAAGCUUUGGAUAGGGAAAUUGAGCGUCGCAGUCAUUACCUUCAACUAUUACAAAAUCGUAAUAAAGAAUAUCAAAUGCAAUGUCGUGCUGUGCAGGAUCAGAACACACAAGUCGAAAUGCAAGCGAUGGAUUUAAUAUUUGCAUUUAAUAAUAAAAUCGCAAUGAGUAACCUGCCGGAGAGUCAAAAAAGAAGCUUGAGACUAAAUGAAGACGAAAUAAAACCGGUGCAAAUAUCGCAGGUGAUGAAACAAGUUGUGUAUUUGAAGGAACAAGGUGCUAGAACUAAUGAAGAAUAUCGUGUCGUCUUAAAUGAUGAAACUAACAAGUUAUUGGCGUGCGAGACAGAAUUAGCUGAGGAAACGCUGGCUGCUGAAGACGCUAAAAAGAAACAUGCAGAGAGAGCAAUGAUGCUAAAUGAGACGAAGGCAGAAAUCGCCGCCACGAUGAAAAUGAUUGAUGAAGAGCAGGGAAAAAUUAAGCAACUGAAUGAUCUCUACAAAGUGACAAAUGAAAAAUACAAAUUAACAGUUGAAGCUGUAAAGGCACACAAAGCGACCACUGAGGAAACAAUGGCUAAAAUGAAGAAUUAUACGAAUAGAAUGCUUGCGUUAGUCAAGGAAAAAGUUGAUGGCGCGGCGGUGAAAGAUAGAGAAAUGGAAGAGGCGAUUCAAGCAUUGUAUAAAGAGGCAAGACAGAAAAUUGAACACGCGAUGCUUAAGCUAUCUGAAUGAAUAAUAUCUACUGUUUAUAUAUUUAUAAUUAUUUUCUAAAUAAAAAAAACUUACAGUCUGAA